CGAAGUCCCAGCAGGCGUAGCGUAGCGGUCUGUUUAACAGCUUUUGUCAUUGUGAGAUCUCGUGGAGCCAGUCAGAUAUUCGGACGUGCGAACUGUACCAACUGUACUACUAACGGUUCAUUACUGCGCGUUCAUUACAUGGAAUUAUUUAGGAGCUGGCGACAUUUGUCAGCACGGAGCAAUGUCCCACAUCGUCAGUUUUGGCAAUGGCUCAACGGCAUAUUCAACAAGGUUGACGAGGACAGAAUAAAGGAGGUUGGACCCGACAGAGCUGCUGCGGAAUGGUUGCUUCGCUGUGGCGCAGCCGUCAAAUGGCAAGGUGCCCAGCAAUAUCAUACGGAUUAUAACUCUCUCCCAACAUCAAACAUCCGCCUGUUAAAGAUCGAAGAAAUAGACGCCACGGAUUCUUCCAUCAUGUACAUUGGAUUUCCUUAUCUCAAAGGCCUGGAGCACGUUAAAUCCAUCAAGCUCCAUAAAUGCGCGUACAUAACUGACGAGGCACUUCACAUGUUGGCCUACGCUAAAAAGACACUGCGUACCCUUCAUGUUACCAGCUGCGGCAACGUUACGGAUGACGGAGUCAAGUCGCUAGCUGCACUGACGAACCUGGAAUACCUCAAGUUAUUCGACCUGUUUGAGGUACGCGACAAAAAGGGGUGCCUGGAACACCUCAGAGCAUCCCUGCAGAAGUGCCAGAUUGAAUUUCCUGACACUCAGGAAGAGAUGGAAAAGAAGUAGUCUAAUGACUUGUAGAUGUGUAGAUACUUACUCAGAGAAGCCACAAGCCUUUGCAAGUAAGAAUACAAAUGUGAAUAUUGCC